CCACCGGGGAUGGCCAAGAUGGCGGCGCCCAGGGAGCGGCAUGUUUCUCGUUGGUAGUUUCGCCUCCUCCGCUUGAAAGUUAGAAUCCGCACCAAUUUCCGACAUGUCGCGACUUAUCGUGAAGAACCUGCCGAAUGGGGUAAGGGAAGGUGGGGUGAUAAAGGAAGAUCGUUUCCGCGGACUUUUUGCUGCCUUUGGGACAUUGACUGAUUGCGCCUUGAAGUUCACCAAGGAUGGCAAGUUCCGCAAAUUUGGGUUCAUUGGCUUUAAGUCUGAAGAGGAUGCCAAAGCAGCCUUGACGCAUUUCAACAAGAGUUUUAUAGAUACAGCCAGAGUCUCGGUUGAGUUCUGUAAGUCUUUUGGAGAUCCCCAGAAACCUAGAGCAUGGAGCAAACAUUCCCAAAAGCCGUCAGCCAUUGAGAAAGUACCUGAAAAAUCUGCCAAGAGUUCAGGCCAUGCAGAAAUUAAGCAAGAGAAAAAGAAGAAGAAUCAGCCAGAAGAUUUUAAAAAGCUGGAAGGAGAGGAGGCAUUCCAAGACUUCCUGGAGGUGCACAAGAAACGGUCUCAGGUGACCACUUGGUCCAAUGACACAAAAGCGGAGGAGGCCAAAAAGAACCGCGCCAAGGUGACGGAUGACUAUCUGAAUUUUGAUUCUGAUGAGUCGGAGACUCUAAGUGAGGAGGAAGCUGAGUUUGGGAAUAAGGAUGGAGAUGCAGGAAAUACCCAAGAGGAGGUCCAAAGCUCCCAAGGAAAGGCAGCAGCCAGGCCAGAGCUGUCAGAUAUGGACUACCUGAGAUCAAAAGUCGUGAAAAAUGUUGAGUCCUUGUCUUCAUCUGAGGAAGAGAGUGAAGAUGAGGAGGUGGAUAAGAAGGAGUCUGGUGAAGGCAAAGAGGAAGAAACAAAACCCAGUCCUGGGCCCAAGGCUGGCUCUGGUUUGAUAGCAGAAUCUGGAGCGGGUGUAAAGACUGAAGGCUUGAAAAAGGUUGCAGAGAAAAAGAAACAAAAGGCCACAACCGAGGGAAAAGCUCAGGUUGGUGCAAAUGAACCCACCACGCCAUACACAGUGAAGCUGCGGGGCGCCCCCUUCAAUGUCACAGAACAAAAUGUGAGGGAGUUUCUUGUGCCGCUUCACCCAGUCGCAAUCCGAAUUGUGAGGAACGCCCAUGGGAAUAAGACGGGUUAUGUGUUUGUUGAUUUUAACAAUGAGGAGGAGGUUCAGAAAGCCCUGAAACGGAAUCACGAAUAUAUGGGUGGGCGGUACAUUGAACUCUUCCAUGAGGAACACUCCAAAAAGACUAAACAUUCCUCAAAGGACCUGGCCCAGACCUGGCAAAGGACAAAGAAAGAUGACGAGGAAGAUGAAGAUCUGUCUGAGUCGGGAAGGCUUUUUGUGAGAAAUCUUCCCUACACCAGCACUGAGGAAGACUUGGAAGGGUUGUUUUCUAAAUAUGGGCCGCUUUCGGAGGUCCACUUCCCCAUCGAUGGCCUGACCAAGAAACCCAAGGGCUUUGCCUUUGUUACCUACAUGUUCCCCGAACAUGCUGUGAAGGCCUUCGCCGAAGUGGAUGGGCAGGUUUUCCAGGGUCGAAUGCUCCAUGUCUUGCCUUCCACCAUUAAGAAGGAAGAAGAGGAGCGUGGCGACGAUCCCGGGGCCUCAUCCUACAAGAAACAAAAGGCAUCCAAGGACAAAGCCAGCAGUUCCAGCUCACAUAACUGGAACACUCUGUUUAUGGGGGUGAAUGCUGUGGCCGACGCGGUUGCACACAAAUACAAUGCCACGAAGAGCCAAGUGUUUGAUCAUGAGCUGAAGGGUAGUGUGGCCGUGAGGGUGGCAUUGGGAGAGACAGAGCUGGUUCAGAAGGUCCGCCAAUUCUUGCUGGAAAACGGUGUCAGUCUGGACUCCUUCAGCCAGGCUGCCAGCGAGCGGAGCAAAACUGUGAUUCUGGUGAAGAACUUGCCUGCUGGUACUGAGGCAACUGAGUUAGAGGAAGUCUUUGGGGCCUACGGCAGCCUUGGGCGGGUGCUGCUCCCCGAAGGAGGAGUGACGGCUAUUGUGGAGUUUCUGGAGCCCACAGAAGCAAAACGGGCUUUCACAAAGCUGGCCUACUCAAAGUUUCGUCAUAUCCCGUUAUACCUUGAAUGGGCGCCAAUGGGGGUCUUUUCUGGCCCUGGAAAGAGAAAGCCUGAGAAUCCAGGAGACCGGAAGGAAAGUGAAGGGCCGGCAAAAAUGGGUGGCUCUAAAGAUGAAGAAGCUCAAAUGGAAACAGAGAAAGGCCAGAUUGAGGAGGAGGAUGACGACGAAGAUGAUGAUGAAGAGAGCAUUCCAGGAUGUACACUUUUUGUAAAGAACCUGAAUUUUAACACCACAGAGGAAACGUUAAAAGAGGUUUUCACCAAAGCCGGUACUGUGAAGAGUUGCACCGUCUCCAAGAAGCGAGAUAAAGCUGGGACGCUUCUCUCAAUGGGAUUUGGAUUUGUGGAAUACAGGAAGCCGGAGCAUGCGCAGAAAGCCCUGAAGCAGCUACAGGGUUGUUCCGUGGAUGGCCAUCAAUUGGAAGUCAAGAUCUCCGAAAGAGCCAUCAAGUCGCCAGUGUCUUCAGCUCGCAAAACACAAAGUCGCAAGAAGCAAAAGAGCUCCAAGAUCCUGGUGCGCAACAUUCCCUUCCAAGCGACAGUGAAGGAGAUCAGAGAGCUUUUCAGUACUUUUGGAGAACUGAAGACAGUCCGCCUCCCCAAGAAAAUGGUUGGCACCGGAACGCAUCGAGGGUUCGGUUUUGUGGACUUCCUGACGAAACAGGACGCCAAGCAAGCAUUCAAUGCCCUCUGCCACAGCACCCAUUUGUACGGACGGAGGCUGGUCUUGGAAUGGGCCGACACAGAGGAGACGGUGGAGGCCUUGCGGCGGAAAACAGCUGAACAUUUUCACGAUUCUGCGCCCAAGAAGAAGAAACGCUCGGCUGUCCUAGAAGAAAUCUUGGACAAGCUGGAAGAUGAGGGAGACAGCGAGGGAGACAGCUAGGUCUACUCCACCAGACAGCAAGUUUCGAACCAAGCCACGGUAGGGAAGACGUUGAUGCCCAAAUGGAUCCCAUGCUUCGACCGCCUCCAAAGAAGACUUCACCGGACCCCCCGCUAGAUAUCCGCAAGACUCCACCGUCACCACCUUGGGGUCUCUCCUCUCGCUGGAGGAGGAUUAGAGAACGCAACAAUGGCUGCAUUCGCCUGCCAACCUGGAGAAUUGCCACGUUGGCUUCUUUUUUAAAGCGAGAGACGGAGCCAACCUUUUCAGCAAACAGCUUAGCUGCGGCUAUAGCUCUUCCCGCCCCCAACUUUGGAACAACCUGUACAGUUUUGAAAAAUAAUGUACAUAAAAGCCAAUGUAUUGUCAGUUUGGACCUGGACAGAAAGUCAUGUUUGAGCUAUGUCUGCCUCUGAUUUGUUUCACUGUUAUGCUCACCUAUUGCAUCCUUAUGGACCCCGCAAACACCUUUUUAGACUGACCAUUAGUUUGUGUUUUCAGUUGUUCCAACUGAUGUCAUUGCCAGCUGCCCAAGGAUCUUAUGAUAUUUGGCAGAAUAUGGUAUUUUAAUAAAAAAAAUAGCCUGAUGGAUCAA